UGGUCGACUGCCACGAGGUUUGCUAUUCCCUCUACGAACUUCUGGGGGGCUUUCCCUGCUCUGGUGCGCACUCUUGGCACUCGAUCCGCCUACUGGUUUAAGCCUUCCCUCCUGCUAUUCGCCCGUCCGUUUCUCAACCUUCCAUCUCACGGACACCUCCACUCAACACCCACCGUUCGGAUAUUCCGCCCAUCCAGAGCACCCCUCUUACCCAGUGCUCCACCGAUUACAGUCUGCUCAAGACGGAUCAAACACAUUACGUUUGACCCUACGUCUGCGUCUAUUGCCGCCAUCCGCUGUUAAACUGCAGUCCUCCAUAUCCUCUAUAGCGCUGCCCAACUUGCCGCCUUGUGCGAACCCCACAAAACGCCCGUGAUGUCACAGAACCGGCCUGGGGUAUUCUCGAGUUUGCGCAUGGGUGAAGUCGUCCGUGAGAAGGUCCAGGAUGGACUAACAGGGGAGACCAAAGAAAUUUCGUACUCGCAGUGUAAAAUCGUUGGCAAUGGGUCGUUUGGAGUGGUCUUUCAGACAAAGAUGAUGCCCAGCGGCGAGGACGCUGCUAUUAAACGUGUCCUACAAGACAAACGCUUCAAGAACCGUGAGUUACAAAUAAUGCGGAUUGUCCGCCAUCCCAACAUUGUAGAGUUGAAGGCUUUCUAUUACUCCAAUGGUGAGAGGAAGGACGAAGUGUAUCUGAAUCUCGUUCUGGAAUACGUACCAGAAACGGUUUAUCGAGCAUCUCGAUAUUUCAACAAGUUGAAGACUACAAUGCCCAUGUUGGAGGUCAAGCUUUACAUAUAUCAAUUGUUUCGUUCUCUGGCAUACAUUCAUUCGCAGGGCAUCUGCCAUCGUGACAUCAAACCUCAAAACCUCUUGCUUGACCCAAGCACUGGUAUCUUGAAGCUUUGUGAUUUUGGCUCUGCCAAGAUCUUAGUUGAGAACGAGCCCAAUGUUUCGUAUAUCUGCUCUCGCUAUUAUCGUGCACCCGAGUUAAUUUUUGGUGCAACAAAUUACACCACGAAGAUUGAUGUGUGGUCUACUGGUUGUGUAAUGGCCGAGUUAAUGCUGGGGCAACCGCUUUUCCCAGGUGAAUCUGGGAUUGAUCAACUGGUGGAGAUCAUUAAAGUUCUUGGUACUCCCACUCGGGAGCAGAUUCGCACUAUGAACCCCAACUACAUGGAGCACAAAUUCCCGCAGAUCAAGCCACAUCCUUUCAACAAAGUUUUCCGGAGAGCUCCUCAUGAGGCAAUUGAUUUGAUCUCCGCUUUGCUGGAAUACACACCAACGCAGCGGUUGUCAGCCAUUGAAGCGAUGAUUCACCCAUUCUUUGAUGAACUCAGGGAUCCUAGCACUCGGCUGCCUGAUUCCCGACACCAGAAUGGGCCAUCUCGAGAGCUCCCUAAUCUGUUUGACUUCUCUCGACAUGAACUUUCUAUCGCACCGGCAAUGAACAGUCGGCUUAUUCCUCCUCAUGCACGCCCUGCCCUCGAAGCCCGCGGGAUAGAUAUCGAUAACUUUACCCCCCUAACGAAAGAUGAAAUGAUGGCACGUCUUGAUUGAGUCAAGGGGUGCAAUGCUUACGAAGU